GUGGCGAUGCACAGACACACACGCGAACACACACACGCACACAGUCCUUCACACUCACUCACUCACUCACACACACACACACAUACACACACACGCGGAGAAGAAUCCGCUUACUGAGCGUCUAAAUGAAAGAAAGGACCGCCGCGUUUCUCCUCAUCGUUUCACACUGACAUCAACCAGCGCUCGUCCGGCUCCGUUCUCGUCUCCUCGCAUCAGCCGCUGAAUUCACGAUUUUCUUUCCAAACCCCAAUUUCUUUCUGUGUUUCUGUCUUUUUAUUCAUCAUCCCACCGAGGAAGUAAUUCUUCUCCCCGCACAAGGACGAGUGUUGUGCAGCUCCGCGGACAGCCACGGCGACUUCGGCAGACAUGCUUUGGAAGCGAGACUGUCGGUUCGAGACUCCGCUCUCGCUGCUGGUUCUGGCCGCUGUCGUGCUCCACAUUCACGGGCAAGGUCUUAAUGGCGGAAUCAGUGGGAAGCCCUUCGUCCCAGACAGCGAUCUCUACACACACUCUCCUACACAUGACACAGAAAGAGAGGUCCAUGUGGUAACCACCGGCUCACCAAUGAACAGCCCAGAUCACCGGCCAGUCUUUAAAGGCUUACUGCUGCAUGAGCAUCUCCUCACAAGGGACUUUCAGGGUGACCAGCACUUUUUUAGGAAGGACGGUUCCAUAGCUGCUUAUCCCACCAUGCCAGGCGCUCUGUCAGAUUCCGAUAUCAGGGAUCCUGUCACUCAUCUGGUGCCCCAUGAAGAUGCUCCAGCCUUCUCUGACAUCGCCACCACAGCGACAGCAGCUGCCACUUCUUCACUCGCUAAGUUGUCACACACCACACCUCCGACAGCUGUGUUCUCACAGAACAGUACCCGAUCGGCAGAUAAGAUAGAGCCAACUACACAGACAUUGACCACUCAUGUGACACCUGUCACCAGAGGCUCAGUCCUUGGACCGUUGCAGAGAAGUCAAAAUGAACCUGCUUUGUCUUCUGCUGAAUCCCGCACCAUGAAGAGUGAAAAGAAAGAGGCGAUGAAAAACAGCCCUGAACAACCGGAGCACUUGAAUUCAGGGUCCCGAAAGGAGGCGACCACAACAUCAAGCACCAUAACCACAACAACCAUCAUGACAACAAUUCAAUCUUCUGAGCCAUGCAGUCUGAAUUUCACUGACCCAGAGGGGAGCAUUGAAAUCCUGCAGCAACUUGACUCUGGAAUGGAGUGCAACUAUCUGGUUACAGUCUACCUGGGAUAUGGCAUUGAAGUUCAGGUGUUGAAUGUGAGCGUGCUGGAAGGGGAACAGGUGACAGUAGAGGACACAGGCGGCCGGGAGCCUCUCAUCCUCGCCAAUGAGUCCGUCUUGACACGUGGCCUCGUACUCCGCAGUUGGAGCAACCAGAUCUCCAUCCGCUUCCGCAGCGACCAACAGCACAGCUCAGGCUUUGUGCAGUUUCAUUAUCAAGCCUUUGUUCUGAGCUGUGUGUUUCCCAAAGAGCCGGCGGGUGGUGAGGUCUCGGUCACACACCUUUACCCUGGCGGAGAAGCCUACUUCCAUUGUUUCACUGGAUACCGCCUGAAGGGCCCCAAAAUGCUCACUUGCCGAAACGCAACCACGCCCUACUGGAGCGGGAAGGAGCCUCAGUGUGAGGUGUCCUGUGGCGGGAUGAUAAAAAAUGCCACUUAUGGUCGGAUUGUCUCUCCUGGGUUUCCUGGAAACUACAGCAACAAUCUCACCUGCCACUGGGUCCUCGAGGCUCCUGAAGACCACCGACUUCAUGUUCACUUUGAGAAAGUCGCUCUGGCCGAAGAUGAUGACAGGCUGCUGAUUAAAAACGGCAACAACAUAGAUUCUCCGGCAGUGUAUGACUCCUACGAGGUAGAGUACCUGCCUAAUGAAGGCGUGCUGAGCACCGGGCGAUAUCUGUUCGUGGAGUUCACCACGGACGGGACGCUGACCUCCACUGGGGCAGCCAUCAGAUACGAAGCUUUUGCCAGAGGAAAGUGCUAUGAGCCGUUUGUGAAGUACGGCAAUUUCAGCAGCAGCGAUUCUACCUACAGUGUCGGGGCCGUGGUGGAAUUCUCCUGUGACCCUGGCUACACUCUGGAGCAAGGCUCUGUGGUGAUUGAAUGUGCGGAUCCAGAAAAUCCACAGUGGAACGAGACUGAGCCGGCCUGCAGGGCUGUGUGCAGCGGGGAGAUCACAGACUCAGCUGGUGUGGUGUUGUCUCCUAAUUGGCCCGAGGCCUAUGACAAGGGCCAGGACUGCAUCUGGGGCAUCCAUGUGGAAGAGGACAAGAGGAUCAUGCUCGACAUCCAAGUGCUCAACCUCGGUAAGAAUGACCUGCUGACGUUCUACGAUGGAGACGACCUGACCGCCAACAUCCUGGGCCAGUACAGCGGCAAGAAGCCGCACUUCAAGCUCUAUACGUCCAUGGCUGACGUCACCAUCCAGUUCCAGUCGGAUCCAGCCACCAACAUCUACGGCUAUAACAACGGCUUUGUGGUCCAUUUCUUUGAGGUGGCCAGGAACGACACUUGCUCCGAGCUGCCGGAGAUCCCCAACGGUUGGAAGAGCACAUCUCACCCCGACCUCAUCCACGGCACCGUGGUCACCUACCAGUGCUACCCGGGCUACCAGCUGAUGGGGUCAGAGAUCCUCAUGUGUCAGUGGGACCUCAGCUGGAGCGGAGACGUGCCAAGAUGUGAGCAAGUCAUGACAUGUCAAGAUCCAGGCAACGUGGAGCACAGCAGGAAGGUGAUCGGAGGAACCCGCUUCACCGUCGGAUCGUCGGUGCAAUUCAUCUGCAACAAGGGUUACAUCCUGUCAGGCAACAGCCUCCUCACCUGCUACAACAGAGAUUCAGCCAAACCCAAGUGGAGCGACCGGCUGCCCAAGUGUGUUGCUGAGAAGUACGAGCCUUGCAGGAACCCUGGUGCCGCCUCCACCGGCAUCCAGAGCUCUGAGAAGGCUUUCUACCAAGCAGGAGAGACGCUGACCUUCUCCUGCCGCUCUGGCUACGAGCUGCGCGGUGAAGCUACCAUCUACUGUGUCCCGGGACACCCGUCUCAGUGGAACAGCACCCCGCCUGACUGCAGAGCAUCAGCUGCCACGUUUGUGGACGAACGCAAGCUGGACGCUGUAAACAUGGAUUACAAGAUGGAGGGAACCAACAUUGUCCUCGCUGUUUUGAUCCCGACUGCCAUGGUCUUGGCGGUCGUCCUCAGCAUCUACGUCUAUUUCGCCAAGCUUCAGGGGAAGUCCAUCAGAAUGCCGACGUCUUUGCCGCCGUAUGACAACAUGACAGAAGAGUCAGCCUUCGAGAACCCCAUAUACGAGAGCGGACACUGGCACAAUCAGUCUAGAUACUAGAAGUGUCCGCUAGAGUGCAGCAGCGAGGAUACAUGAGAAAUAAAGGGGGGAACAUGUACCUGACAUGACCUUAAUCCAGACUUAUUCAAGCUUUGCCUUUCCAAGACCCUCGUCACCGAUUUCCUCCCCUUUUUUUUUGUUCAGAAGUUCCUGUCUCCUCUCUGUGUGGGUUAUUGUACAUACAUCUUUUCAACGGUCACAUCUGUUAGUCUGCGAUCACCAUGGUAAUAUUUUUAUAACUGCUGAUGGCCGCUGGUGAUUUUUGAGAACUUUUGGAUUCUAAAAAUGGAGCAGCGUCUGUGAAAGGGAGAGAAACGAGCUUUGGUAUAUACAAGUUUCCUUGUCAUGAGAAUUUGCCUUCACUGUAUUUACUUUGUGUGUCUGCCCCUUUGUAAAUAAAACU